UUUAAAUUGUUUUCAAUCUCCUAUGCUUAAAUAAGUUUGGUUUGCAACGCGCAAAGUGUCGACUUGUUCCCUAAAUAAUAUUAUCAUACAUGGCCGAUAUUUUACUGGCACCUAGCUUGGGUACAAGACAAAUAGUAAGCAAGAACGAGCAAACUACACUUCAGUUUUCUUGCUACUCCUCAACUAUAUAUUGCCUUGAACUAUGGACAAACCUUUCAAGGGAUAAAAGCUGGCUUGGAAUACCCUUUAUAAGGCAGGAAAACGACUAUCAACUGAACAUAGAUUUAUCUUAUUUGUCGUCUGGAGAAUAUGAGUAUACUUUGCGCUUUACCUUAGACAAAUACAAAAAUGAUUGGUGUUGGUAUGGUACAUCUAAUGAUAAUGGCAAGAUUUGUAUCACACCUUUUGCAGAUACAAUAUCAGAUUUGCCAAUAUCAGGAGCAGCAAAUGGGCUUAAUCUAAUAUUAAAACAGUCCAUCGAUAAUAAUAUUAGCUUGACGCACUACAAGAUUUGUGCUGGUGCUCCUUUAUACUUUUCUGUUGGAAAGAUUGCCUGUCCUAUUUAUUCGUUUGUUGCUCUCAUAAGAAAAGGAUCAUGUUGGAUGACACCAGUAGCUGGAAAUGACUCUUUUGAAGGUCGAAAUAGAGACGAAAAAUGGCAAAUGCUGUUAUUUGUAGACAGUGUUUAUGGUCAUGUUCAUUUAUGGAUGGUAGUCAGUCAAGAUUCGGACUGUUGGUUCUCACCUGAAUCAAGUAACUCGCUUGGCUUACAUCGAUCAGAUCAUAAAAAUGACAAUGUGCAUUUGUUUAUGUUGUCUACUCGAUUUAAACAAGAUUUUACUUUACUGAUUCCUAAAGCAUUAGAGUAUUAUCACCAAUUUGUUUAUCAAGAUCUCCUUUCAUUUAAUAAUCGUCAACUACAGACAAUUCCUAAUUUAUCAGACAAAUUGGGCUAUUGUACAUGGAACGCAUUUGGAAAAGAAAUUUCUUUGGAAAAUAUUCGUUCAGCAAUGAAAAGUUUAUCGGACAGUAACAUCCCAGUUUCGUAUUUACUUUUAGAUGAUGGUUGGCAGCAUGUUUCGAAUGAUCAAUCGCAAUUAAAAGGAUUUGAAGCAAAUCAAGACAAGUUUCCAAAAGGUUUAGAGCAGAGUAUUUCUGAGUUAAAGACAUCCUAUCCUUUUCUUCAGUAUAUUGGUGUUUGGCAUACUCUUUGGGGUUAUUGGAAUGGAAUAGAUGAAACAUUCGCCAAAACAAAUGGUUAUGCAGGCUUUCCUUGUGAUAACAAGAAUCAACACCAAUCUAUUGGAAUAAUCAAUAAUUCCAAACACUUUUAUGAUGACUUUUAUCACUUUUUAAGUAAAGCAGGCGUUGAUUUUGUCAAAGUCGACAAUCAAGGAGGUUUUCAAGAUCUGAAGCUUGAUCAAAGUCAUAAAAUUAGCCUUUGGGACACUUAUCGACAAAACAUGCUAGAGAGUGCCGACACAUAUCUGAGUGGCCAAGUUGUACAUUGUAUGUCCUUGACACCGCAUGUUUUAUUUCAUCCUCUUCUUUUGCCUAAACAGCACCACUCAAAACCUAUUUUCAGAAAUAGCGACGAUUUUUUCCCUGAUGAACAAAGCAGCCAUCCAUGGCAUAUCUAUGCCAAUGCCAUUAACACAUUAUGGACAUCACAAUAUCCUGUUAUGGGCGACUGGGACAUGUUUCAAUCUAUCCAUCCAUUUGCUGAAUAUCAUGCAUCAAGUCGAGCCAUUUCAGGCGGACCUGUAUAUAUUACAGAUAUUCCAGCGAAGCACGAUGUCGGCCUUAUCUACAAGCUUUUAGGAGAAACUCGAUACUCUGGAUGGUGCUUAUUAAGAUCAGAUAAAGCGCCUUUGCCUACGUUUGAUACAGUGUUUGGAAAUCCAUUAGAAAACCAAUCACUUGUUAUCAUACACAACUUCCAAAAACUAACAUGCUCAGACCAAGAUAGUGUAGAAGAGUAUGGUAUAUUUGGUUUUUGGAACUCAAGUAAUUCAAAAGAGAAACUUGCUGUUAUUACAACCAAUACAAUACCUUCAAAGAAGCUUGCUGCAUUGUCAUUAGCAUAUACAAUCAGUGGUCCUGAUCAAGGAAAGCUAAUGCUUUUGAGCAACAAAGAUACUUGUUCUUUUGCUGGAUCAAUGACAGCGCGAGUAUGCAAGAUGGGCUCUACAUUGGUGUGCAUCAGUCAAGUAAAAACGAUGGGUCUACUUUUAGCUGCAUGUCUUGGUUUGAUUGACAAGUUCAAUAGUGUCAAAGCUAUUAAACGUACGACUAUUUACAAAUCAGCAGAUAAAGAAACUGUGUUUGAAGUACAACUAUCUCAUAGAAGCAAAUGUUUUGGAUAUUGGAUUAAGCCCUUGACUGAAAAGGUCAAGAUCAAGCUUACCAAAGUUUGUUUAGACGGUAUCAUUUUGAAAUCAAAUCGAGAUUGGAACUGGUGCUUAAAAAGUAAUCUCUUGAAAGUAAACAUGAUGGCUGUGCCAUUGGAAAAAGUAAAGGGAGAUACGUUCGACUUGAAAGUGCACAUUCAAGAAGAAGAGAUUUAAAUACAAAUAUAUCCUAUUCUACCAACCAUCAAAAAUAAAUUAAAAUUAGAAGCU